CUCGAGGCUUCCUGGAUGACUAAUAGGGGAACAACCCAGCCCUUGUUGGAUCAACUGCAUCAAACCCAUCAUACGGUUGGUCUUGGGAGAAAAAGAUUUCGCCGAUCUAAAAGUACUCCUGUGGGCGAAAUUGCUCCGGUGGAAAUUAAUGAAAUAAAGAACGACCAAUCACUUCUACGUUCUAAAUUGAUUUUGGACAAACUCCACCCUAGUAUUAGGAAAGUUAUUGUUUACUUGAUUAUAUACUUGGGUAUUGGUACCAUUUGCUUUUAUUUUGUUAGAAGCAAGAUCAAGGGAAAGAAAAUAGAUGGCGUACUUGAUUCCCUUUACUUUUGUGUUGUGACAAUGACCACGGUUGGAUAUGGUGAUUUGGUUCCUAACAGUGCAACUACUAAACUGCUUGCCUGUGUCUUUGUGUUCUCUGGGAUGGCACUUGUUGGACUGGUUCUAAGCAAAGCAGCAGACUACUUAGUGGAGAAGCAAGAAACACUAUUAAUUAAAGCACUGCAUAUGGGUUGUAGAGUUGGUCCGAGUGAAAUUUUAGAGGAGAUUGAAACAAACAAAGUAAGGUACAAGUGUUUCAUGGUAGCGGCCUUCCUUAUAAUGCUCAUAAUCAUUGGGACAGUCGUCUUGACUAGAGUUGAAAAGUUUGAUACUGUAGACGCCUUUUAUUGUGUCUGUGCUACCAUCACAACAUUAGGAUAUGGAGACAAAAGCUUUUCAACCAAAGCAGGGCGCAUUUUUUCUAUAUUUUGGAUUUUGACAAGCACUCUUUGUUUGGGUCGAUUCUUCCUUUAUGUUGCUGAAUGGAACACGGAAAAGAGACAGAAGGAGAUUGUGAAAUGGGUUCUUUCAAGAAGGACAACAAAUGUGGAUUUGGAGGAAGCUGAUCUUGAUGAUGAUGGGGUUGUAGGGGCUGCUGAAUUUGUUAUCUAUAAACUUAAGGAGAUGGGGAAGAUCAACCAACACGACGUCGCAGCUGUAUUGAAGGAAUUUGAAAGUCUUGACAUUGAUCAGUCUGGAACUUUGUCAACCACAGAUCUGACACUCGCCCAAUCAUCUUGAACCGGGAGGGAAUUUUAGGGAGGCCGAAAGUGUAUCAUUGUGGACCCUAGUCCGACAAGCAUUGGUUGAAAGAUUAUGAUGGCCAAUAGAAAUUUUAAACAAGGGUUAAUUUAUGGACC